AGAUCAAUAACACAUGGACGGUACGAGCUGAUAGGGGCUAAAAAUAACGAGAGUUGUUGGCGGUACAACACCUAUAGACAGCUUGCUCUCAUUGAAAGGAUCCAGUUAGACUUUUUAACUUCGAAGAGAGAGGAACAACUGAACAUUAGUUUUCUAUUCUUCUGAGACCGAACUUUGCAAAACAAUUGAAUAGCAGAAUGGCACACGUUCCACAGACUGAGUUACCGCCUGCACCACUUGCACAUGUUCAUGCUAAUUCAAAUGGAGUUAUGAUGCAUCAACACUCCAGCCCGCCUGUUGCUGUGACAGCUACGCCGCCAGUAUCGGCACAUUCUAUGCCUACGACACCAACAACACCGACAACACCAGGCAGUCAGGGCAACGCAAUGAUGCAGGGAGGUAAAGGAUCAUCAGCCGACAGAGUAAAGAGACCAAUGAAUGCAUUUAUGGUAUGGUCACGGGGACAGAGGAGGAAAAUGGCGCAAGAGAACCCUAAAAUGCACAACUCUGAAAUAAGCAAACGCUUAGGCGCUGAAUGGAAACUCCUUUCAGAAUCUGAGAAAAGGCCGUUUAUUGAUGAAGCAAAACGAUUACGUGCGUUACACAUGAAGGAACACCCCGACUACAAAUACCGACCAAGGAGGAAAACCAAAACCCUGUUGAAAAAGGACAAGUAUGCUUUACCAGGUAUGUUGGCCCCUGGUGGACCAGGACAAGUACAGCGGGGAGUUGAGGCUAUGCAAGGGUACCAUCUGAAUGGAUACGCAGCUAUGAAUGGCGUAGGGGGUUACACAGCAAUGAUGCAAGAACAAUUACACCAUCCUUAUCACACACAAAGUUUAAGUGGACAUCCACAAAUGGCUAAUGCAAAUGGUACAGGACUUCAUGCAUAUCGUGAUAUGAGCCAACUUUAUCCCCCUAUGACAUCGGCAACGCACCCCUCAGUUGCUUCAGCAUACGCUUACACUACCGUGCCUGGCCACUAUGCGCAAACGACACAACAUGUUGGAGCUGUAGCGUCAGGAGUCAAGACGGAAGCCGUGAGUAUGUCAGAUAGGCCUCCACCUGCACACUCAGCCCAUUCAAUAAAUGCUUCAGGGGGUAGAAAUUGCCCCGGAGAUCUUCGCGACAUGAUAAGCAUGUACUUACCGGCGGGAGAAGUUGCCGAUGGUCAGAGACAGCAGGCCUUACAAGCAGCCGCCGCACAAUACCACCACCAAGUUGCAACAUCAGCCUCACCGGGAGUCGGGACGCAGUCUGUACCCUUAACACAUAUGUAAGCAUAGAGACAUUGAUUCAAUGACAUUUUUAUAUGAGAGUUUUGCAGGCAAUAUUUUGUACUAUAACUGUGUAAAAACAUGGCUGUUAUGGACAAAAGGUUGAACUUUGGACGCAGAUAUCAUCACAUAAUCUAUAUUUGACAGCCCGGUGGCUGCGGCUCGAGUAUUUACCAAGUUUGCCUACCACCAUUGGUGAUCAUAUAGAUAAUUGUAAAGUAAUAUAGUGUUUCAAAGAAAAAGGUAGUUUUUAUACUUGUUAAUUGUUUAAAAAAAUGAGCCUAUUUUGAGCAGAUGGUUUGAUGUUUUAUAAUUAUGUACAGAUCCAGUAAUACUGGUAGUUUGAAAUAUAAAUAUACCAAGACUGCUCUUAACUUUGGUAACCUACGCAAAAGCUCGGUACUCAGAUAUAUUUAGUUUAAUUAUUAAUUUUAUUUUCCAAGAAGUGUCUAACACCUUGCAGGUAUUAGGUUAGGGUAAACUGGUAAAUAACCCAAUAUUAUUUAAUCUAAACCUUUUGAAGAUAUUCUUAACCAAGUUGUAUAUUAUUAAUGUUAAAUAUAUUUGAAUUUUUCGUUCUCUCGAUUGAGAAAGGCUGAAUAGCACGUUUGUAAUUAAUUUUCUUGUAAUAUGUUUAUUGUGACUAUCACAACAUUUUGUUUCUUUUGUAUAUAUAGGCACAUUUAUCACCUUUUUUCACUUUUUGACGAAUUUCAGUUUCAAACCGUGAGAAUAAAUUGAACAACAAAUAAUGUUAAUCUAAUACUU